AUGUGUGCCGCUAUUAAAGAUGGUGAUGUUGAUGUUGCUUUAAAUUUUCUCAACAUGAAAUCAUCUAUAGAUCCUAUGUUGUAUGCAGAAUAUUGUGGCAAUAGUGAUGAAAGAUUGAAAUCACUUUUUUGGGCAGACGAUACUAGUAGAUCAAACUAUUUCUGUUUUGGCGAUGCUGUUGCAUUUGACACAACUUACAAGAAAAACAAAUACAAUUAUCCGUUGGUUAUAUUUUUUUGGUGCAACAACCACUCACAAACUAUUAUAUUCAGUGUUGCAUUGGUGUCAGAUGAAACGACAGAGACAUAUAAGUGGCGGUUGAGGUGUUUCUUAGAGUGCAUGGAAAAUAAAUAUCCAAAAGUAAUGGUAACAAAUGGAGAUGGGCCUAUGAGGCAGUUUAAUAACAAAUAUUUCCUAAUGUGA